CCACAGCAGGUGCCUUUUCUGAUAAUGGCCGGUGGAUUGCCACAUGGAAGGAGCAAAGAAAGGCUACGGUUUAUGUUACCGGCAGAGAUUCAGUUUGGAUAUAACAAGUAUUACUGUGGCAAUAAGGUUUGGGUAUCAAAUGAAGCAGGAACAGAAGCAGUGAGACAGCCUGAUCGAUCUACCAACAAUGGUGUCGUAUAUUCAGAGAAACCUGUCAAAGGACGAGUGGAGUUUGAAGUAGAAAUAACAUCACACAGUUUAGAGUACAGUGGGAACAUACGACUAGGCAUAAUGUCACACAAACCAUCUGAACCUUUUGAUUUGUCAAAGAUACCUUUUUCCUGUACCUGGAAAGCUCCAUACCACUGCAUAUGGGCUGGAAGCCUACUGUACAACAACAUUGCUAGAAGCAUUGCUCCACGAUCUGAGGGACGUUCUUAUGGUAAGAAAAGUCUUGAAGACCUCAGAAAGGGAGAUAGGGUUGGUAUCUUAUUAAUGGAAAAUGGUGAGCUGCAUUUUCUCAUCAAUGGUGAGCCUCAGGGCAAAGCAGCUAGUGGGAUAUACGAACGUGCUUAUGAUGUGUAUAUUGUUGUUGAUCAUUUUGCUGACUGUAAAGGCCUUCAUACACGAGCAACAAGUUGCCUCGUGUAUGAAGGCCUUAAAGGAACACAUAUCACUAGAGCAAUUGAAUGUUAA